UGAACCGAUCUUCCCAACGCAACGCUAUCAUUAACGCCCAUGAGCUACAUGCGAUUUAUGACCUCCUGCGGUUCCUGUUUUUUUCCUUACAUGCUGCACUUUUGCUGAGGGGGUUGCUCUAGCAUUAUUGCAAAAAGAAACGGAUAUGUUCAAUUUCAAAGCGAAUGAUUUUAGUUUUGAGUGCGUGGUCCGCAUGGGAACAACGGAUGGCUUGCAGGAAUGACAGAUCAUUGUGCCUUUGAUGCAGUAAGAGGGUUAAUGUUUGAUAGCAGAAAGCCCCUAGAAACGAUCCUGUCAUCUUGCACAGCUUCAUGUAUGUCCUGAUCAUCUGCACUUUAACGGUCUCCACGUUCCUCCCACUGCUGCGUUAAACCAGUCACAGCACGGCUAGUAUUACAAUGGACACAGAUUCCAUCCACUCUGGUUAUUCCCACCACUCCAGCAGGUCACGUGGGUCAAACAAGCAGAGUGAACGCAGCAGCAGGGAUCGGCACAAGUCACACAGUCGAGACAGCAGCAGCCGCUCAGACAAAAAUGUCACCAUCAGUGCAUCAUCAGCUCAGCCGCAUCAGCCGGAUCAAAGCUCCGCCCCCACAGACGCCCAGGACGACAACUGGGGCGAAACCACCACAGCGGUCACUGGAACAUCAGACCACAGCUUGUCUCAGGAGGAUUUGGCUGGCUUCGGGAAGGAGACGGAGGGUCCAGUAGAGAAACUGAAAUGUGUACGCUUCCUUCCUUUGGCCCUUUCCCUCCUCCUGGGCCUGCUGGUUCUGAUCACCCCUCUGUCCUUCCUGGUGCUGCCCAAGCUGAUGUGGCAUGAGCGCCUGAAGGCUUGUGAUACUGCCUGUGAAGGCCUGUUUCUCUCGCUGGCUUUCAAGCUCCUCAUUCUGCUGCUGGCUGGCUGGGCGCUGUUUGUGCGACCUGCACGAGCCUCCCUGCCCCGGAUAGCAGUGUUCCGCGCCCUGCUGGGGUUGCUCACUCUCCUCCUGCUGCUCUCCUAUUGGCUGUUCUUUGGAGUGCGCAUCUUGGAUUCACAGGACGAUAACUACCAAGGCAUAGUGCAGUUUGCAGUAUCACUGGUGGAUGCUCUGCUGUUCACCCAUUACCUGGCAGUAGUUCUGCUGGAGAUCCGGCAUCUGCAGCCCUGCUUUUCUCUCUGUGUCGUGCGCUCCACCGAUGGAGAGACUAACCACUACAACCUGGGACAGCUCAGCAUUCAGCGGGCAGCCCUGGUAAUUCUUGAGCACUAUUACAAGGAUUUCUCAGUUCACAACCCUGCCCUACUGACGGCUGCAAAGUCCAGGGCAGCUAAACAUCUGGCUGGGCUAAAAGUCUAUAAUGUAGAUGGUGCUGGUAGUGAUGCUGCAACCGCUCAAUCUCGGGCUAAAAUAGCAGCUGCUGCCCGACAGAGAGACACCAGCCACAAUGAGCUGUACUACGAGGAAGCAGAGCAUGACAGAAGAGUCCGGAAGCGCAAAGCACGGCUGGUCGUGGCAGUAGAGGAGGCAUUCACGCAUGUUAGACGGCUGCAGGAGGAGGAGAAAAAGAAGCCGCCAGGAGAUGAGAUGGAUCCACGUGAGGCUGCGCAGGCCAUCUUCCCCUCCAUGGCUCGAGCACUGCAGAAAUACCUGCGCACCACCCGUCAGCAGCACUGCCACAGCAUGGACAGCAUUCAGGCCCACCUGGCAUUCUGCAUUACAAACAACAUGACCCCAAAGGCAUUUCUGGAGAGCUAUCUGAUGACAGGACCCACAAUGCAGUACACGAGAGAGUGCUGGCAGACCCGGCAGUGGACGCUGGUCAGCGAAGCCUCGGUCACCAGUCCACUCCGUCACGGCUCUGAAUUCCAGCUCAAAUCAUCUGACUUCAGCUUAGUGGUCACCAGCAAAGCUAUCCCUCACCUCAAACUCAGCGAGGAGUACGUCCACCCCAAGUCCCACAAGUUUGUACUGGAGCUACAGUCAGAGACCUCUGUCUGAUGGAGUCAGAUGCUUUUGUCUGUUUGGUUUUGUACACUUGUAAAUUUUGGACUACUAUUAUUUUGUUUGAAAUUCUUUUUCACUUUUCCAGUUUAUAAAUGGCAUUUUACAUAAUGGAUGUAUUUUGAUACAACAUUUGUUUUUAACAAAAACAGAAGAGGAAAAAAAGAACAACAACAACUAAAUAUAUAUGUAUAUAUAUGUACUGUAUGUAUCCAGUUACCUAGUGCUGACUGGUGUGAUUGUGUGUUUGUGCUGUUUGUCUGUAUGUUUUUAGGCUUUUAAGUUUUUGCAAGCAAAUAGCAGAUAUUAUUUAGGAUAUCUAUGUUUGUGAAAUAUUAGUUUUUUAUUUUGUUGACCAUGACAUAAAUGAGCAUCAGAGCACACCGGAGAUUCUGUGAGAUCUAGUAUUACUGGAAACAUUGGUUAGAGAGUCCGUUAUAGUGGUAUAAUAGCCAAACCUACAUGAUCAUUUUCAGCCUGUUGGAUGGUUUGAUUUCUACCACUUUUAUAUGUUUGGAAGAAAAAUGGGUAAUAUAUUGUGUGGAAAAGAAAAAUCAUUUCAUUUGUGAUUAAUAAAUUGUGAUUAGUAAUUUGCCUCUUUUUUUGUGUUGUAAUUAAAUUGUAAAUAAGUUUUUUUUUUUUUUACGAAAAUAGUUUUUUUUUCAAUGUGUGUGUAUCAUGAUUAAAACAUUGAAUUGUGUUUGUAAAAUAUAAGCCCAUUAAUGCUGCCUAUCACAUUUAUAAACCUUGCUAUUUACCGUUUUUGUCCAAGCUUGGCGUUUUUUUGCUUAUGAAGCAAAAAUUAGAAAAAAAAAAAAACAUGUCAUUUUUUAUACUACUCUAGUGAAGUUUUCCACUAGAGGUUAUAUAUUAUUUUUGUGUAUUUAGAGCUAAUAAAAGUAUGUUUUGUAUUAUUUCUACUUUUUUUUUUAUGUUGUUAUGUUAUGUUACAGCAUAUAUUUUCCCAUUGCGUAUUGUCAGUUCUCUACUGUCAGAUCAUACAAACCCAUCCCAUUUGUUUGUCAGGAAUUAUCAACAUUAUAUGCCAUAACCUGUUACAAGCUACAAACCUGCUUCAAAUAUUUAUUAAUGUUACAUUUAUAAAGCUGAAAUAUUCCAGAUUUAUUUGACUGAAGAAGCUGUUUGUAUCAAUAGAGAGAAGUUCAAUAGAUUGUUUGUAUCAAUAGAGAGAAGUUCAAUAGAUCCUCUCAGAUUCUGUGACCAUAAAACAAACUGAACACAAGAGGCACAAGAGGUUUUUCAUCUAUUAAACUGAAAGUUCACUGUUUAAAAAUUGCCUUUAAAGAAGAGUCACAGAAGACUCAAUACUUUGCUUUGUGUUAAUGAAGAUGCUAGAGAGAGAGAGAGAGAAAAUUAUUCAGGGUAAAACAGAUUUCACAUUUCAAAUGUAACUUUCUGUGUUUGCUCUUUAGUGUAAUAAAGAGUGAGACGUUUUCUGGUAAGACUGGUCAAAGAUUAAAACCAGGACAUCUUGUGCCAAUUUUUUGAUUGUAUAAUACUUAAUAUUGGACAAAAGUAUUGGGAAUUUAUUUUCAUCAUAUGUUUUUCAAGAACAUGUUAUGAUUUGUGGUGAAUUCUUUUUUUAACUGGAAUUUGUUAUCUUCAGAGUUAUACAUGUAUCUGUGUAUGUGUGUGUGUGU